AUGAUGCGUGGCUUGGGCCGCUUGCAGUGCCUCUUCCUCCAGCACAACCUCAUCGAGGUCAUCGACAACAAAGCAUUUGAGGAGUCCAGCUCCAGCCUCAGCAGCAUCGACCUUUCGUCCAAUAAGCUGGCCCGGAUCGACCCGUCAACUUUUACCGUGCUAAACCGGUUAAUGGUCUGCGAGCUAGCAGGAAAUCCUUUCCAUUGUGGAUGUGAUCUGUAUAGUUUUCUUACUUGGUUGGAGGCGUUUAAUAAUGUGACGCAUACGUACGACCGGCUCCAGUGCGAGACCCCUGGUGAGCUGUUUCUCUACCCGCUCCUGAGCCCCGUGGCCGGACAUGGACGCAACGCUCGCACCAUGCUCUCGUCCAUCUGUCGCGACGGCAUGAUCAUACCCGGGAUCACGUCUCAACCCGGCACCGACUGGGAGGGCUCCGGGAUGGGCCCGGAGAUGGACGGCCGGGCCGGGCCGUAUCAUCAACCGACAGCUUCGUCCACGGCCGACCCCAACUUCAACCCCAGCAUCAAACUCCAGUGGGUCACUUUGUCUGCAGCCAAGCUGUUGGUCCAGAUCCCUAAACCAUACAGCAAGAUGUACGUCCUGGUUCAAUACAACCAGAGCUUCGUCUCGGACAUCCAAAACCUCAAGGAGAAGAAGGAGAAGGUGACUUUGGUGGAUCUCAAACCUCACACCAACUACACCUACUGCGUAGUGUCUAUAAGUAAAAACCAGCGCAACAACCACACGUGCAUCUUCUUCGCCACUCGAGCAGCAGGGCCGGAUGACCACCACGGCAACCCGUCGACCAUGACGCACUACAUCAUGACGAUCCUGGGGUGUCUGCUGGGAAUGGUGAUCGUGCUCGGGCUCGUCUACUACUGCCUGAGGAAGCGUCGGAUGCAGGAGGAGAAGGAGAAGGUGAUCAGCGUGAAGAAGACCAUCUUGGAGAUGCGGUAAGAGGGACAGACCCAAUGUAUAUAAAUUAUUUAGGUUUUAUUUUCUUUUAUCGCCUUAUUGUUUUAUCGCCUUAUCUCUUUCAUUCCAUUUUAUUGUUGUUACUAUAAAGUGUGUUUGUGAUUUAAAUGCACUUUAAUUAAAUAAAGUUUGAUUUCAGGUUUGAUUAACUCUAGAUCAGAUGCAUCUGCAUUGCACACAGCUAUUUUACCUGAGAUGUAAAAUAUUUAUUCUUAUGGAUUUUAUGCUUGGAUUUUAUUUACAGGUAUGGACCGGAGGCUGCGGCACAGGCAGCUAACGACCCGGCAGCCAUGCAGCAUCUCCAGGAACAGGCCCAGAACCAGGGGCACCAUGGAGGUCACCUCCAUGGAGGAGGGGGCGGGGGUGGCGGGGGUAACAAACUACCCCCCUCCGCCUCCUCCAGCUCCGGCAUGCUCCACGGUUCGGCCAACACCACCUCCUCCCGCCUCUCGACGCUUCCCCAAGUGGAGAAGAUGGCCACAGCGUUCAGUGAAGCCAUGGCGACCAGUAAAGGGAACUAUAUGGACGUGACGACUGGGGCAGGAUUAUCGGGAGAUGGGGGAGGAUUAUCACUGGGAGGAGGAGUGGGGGAGGCGACACUGGUGGAUAUGCGAGGCAUCAACGGUUGCAGUGAAGAUGGAAUGGACAUUGGGAAUGAUUCGGACGACGGGCGCGGAUCUGCGUCGGAGAUCUCGACGAUCGCCAUGGAGGUCGACAAAGUCAACCAGAUUAUCAACAACUGUAUCGACGCGCUCAAGCUCGACUCCCUUGUUGCAACGACAACAUCUGGCGACAACCCUACUUCUCCUCCACCUGCUUGUAUCACCUCCCUCGCUCGGAACCUCAUCCCCCUCUCCCAAGGCCUCGCUGACACCUGCCAGAUGCUCGCCUCCUCUCCCAAAAUCCAUGCCCCUCCGGCAUUGACCCCCGUCCCCCUCGUCAUGCCCCUCUCGGAGCGUCCCGGAAUCAGCGGAGGGGGGUUUCUCUCACCCCCCUACAGGGACCCACCACCAUUGGCGAAUGCCGUACGACCCUUACAGAGGCAGCUGAGCGAUACAGGUGUGAUGGUCAUGGGGGCUGGGAAGAACCGAUGUAGCAUGCCCUCAGCUGGAGGAUCCAUGAAGAGCACCAGGGUCUUCAGUCUGGAUGUCCCGGAGCCCCGCAGCCCGGGCCCCAACUCCUGCCCACCGUACCCAGAGAAGGGGAGCCCUGUUGGGUGUGGGGAAACCAUGGAGAGGCUCCCUCUGGUGGGUGGAAAUAGUAGUGGUUGUGGUAGUGGUGGUGGUGGUGGAAAUGGAAUGGGUUGUGGUGGUGGGAACGGAAUGGGAGGAGGGGUUAAUGAAGGUGGGGUGAAUGUCAAUGGAGGUGGGGUGGGUUGCGGAGGGGGAGGAAGAGGAAGAGGAGGGGGAGGACCGGGUAAGCAGCAGCAGCAGCAUCAUCUGGAGGUACAUCCAGACUACCACUGUUCUGAGCACCGGCACUCCUUCCCCGCCCUCUACUACGAGGGAGCCAAUGACUCCCCCUCUCCCUCCCCAUCCCAGAAGGCCUCCUUCCUCAAACCCCUGGGACGUACCAAGAGGGACCCUGCUGCCUACUCCCAGCUCUCCCCUUCCCGGCACCACAACUACUCCGGCUACUCCUCUGGCCCCGAAUAUUCCUCUGAAAAUACCCUUCGAAUCUGGGAGAGGUUCCGGCCGCACAAGAAAGGCCCUCGCGACCCUCACGAAGAGGCAACGUAUAUCGCUGCAGGCCACGCCUUAAGGAAGAAGGUUCAGUUUGCGAAAGACGAGGACCUCCAUGAUAUCCUCGACUACUGGAAGGGGGUGUCGGCCCAGCAGAAGCUGUGA